ACUCUUUGCUCAGGAGCUUCUCCACAAGGGAGGAUUUGGGUUCACUAGUGUUCGUCAGUACUGAAAUUCAAAGAUUGUAACUGAAAAUGACAAAAGGGAAAGGAAAAAACAACAAAAUAGGAGGAGGAAGUCCGCCGAAGCAACGAUCAGUUGAAGAGGAGAUAAGGCACGAGAAGAAAAUUAAAAAGGAUAGAGAUUAUCGUGCAAAUAAGAAGAAACGGAACGAACUGGUCAAGAAAUUUUGUGAUGAGAAAGGGAUUACUGAAGAGUUGGAAGCCUUUCUUGAAAAGCAUGAAGAAGAGGUAGAGCAACAGGGAAAAUUAUGUGAAGCGAUGGGGAUGGCUUCUGAAGCUUUGGAAAAUGAAGCAAGCCAAGACGAGGAAAUUCAAAAGAUUCUGAAAAACCCUUUAAAGAACCUGUGGACAACUUUGGAGGAGAACCUUGAAAGUGAAAUGAUUCAAACAGUGGGACUAGAGGGUGGUACACAAAUACAAAUGAGGGAGGCUACUCAUGAUAAGGAGGCCUCCACCUCAUCACCGGCACCUCCACCUCAUCAUGAGCUUGGACUAGGGAGCAAGCAAGAAGUUAGCGUGUACGAUCUUUUGGAGCAAUGUGUGAAGCUCAAUGAUGCUAAAAGAAGACAGCAGGAAGUUGCAGCUGCUGCUAUUGAUGCUAACCGCAAAUUCAAGGAAAAGAAGAAAGAAGCUGACAACUUGAACAAACAAGUGAAGGGGCUGGAGGAGGGGUUUGGCAAGCUCAAGGCUGAACUGGCAGAGAAGAGUAGGAUUUCCAAGGAUGCACUUGAUUUACAGAUGAUCAAUGCUGUGACCCUUGGUUGGAAUUUGAUGAAGGAGGUGCUGCAGUCCAUGGAUAUUGGUUCAGAAUUUCUAAACUUGCGUCUAUUGGACACUAUUCUGCGCAAUCCAUCUCUCCAAUACCAGUUCAAUGAAGGUCUGACUUUGAUAGGUCAGGGACAUCCCAUUGAUGACAACGUUGCCAUUCAAUCUGAUAAUCCACCAGUAGUUGUGCCACGCUCCUUUUUUCAGUACUAUGAGUUGUUGGAGAGUGAUGUAGCAUGGGAGACCAAUGUCUCGGCCCCUCCAAGAGAUGCUGCCAACAUUGCUGCCAAUGGUCCUCAAUUUCAGGCUGCAAACGCCAGAGCUAAUAAUGUGGAACAGGAGGAUGAUGCAAAUGAUCAGGAGGAUGGAUGAAGCUACUGAGGCUGAUAGAUGUGUUUCGAUAUGGCUACGUGAUCCGGAUGGUGGUGAGGAUCUUUGAAUUUAUCCCUUUUGCAUAUAUGAUCAUUAGUUUGCAGAUGCAAGAUGCCUGCGUGCUUUCUGGGAACAAUUUCAUUGCCCCUGUAUAUGCCAUUAAUUUGAUACGGAUGACAUAUUUCCCUUCUGUCUAUCGAUCGGAUGCUGAAUGAUUGGUUUUUUUGUGCUAAUGGGAGCACCUUUUU